UGAAACAUAAACAAUAAUUACUUGUCUUACAGCGUAAUUGAGUAUAGGCACAUUUAUAUCAAACUAAAACUUAAAACAUGUGAGCAAGGUUAUGGACUUACUUAUGUAAUGACUUCAGCUUAGUUUAGCGGUGUGAUAAAACAUAUAAGCCUUGUUAUUUUAACUAUAUACAUUUGUUUUAUCGGUGAGAGAGAACAUGUCAAAAAGGAUUACUUGCGUUAUAAUUAUCUGUAUAUUUGUUGCCAUGUUUAUCAGCCUUUUUUACAGAGAGAGCAAUAUGACGAGCAGAAAUAUUCUUAAACUGAAAGCAAAGCAUCGACCACUCCGAACAAAUAGCAUGGCAUCAGCACGCAACCCAGUGUCCUUUGAACAUAAAACAUAUAUUACGGAGAGGACUGGUCAACCUGACAUUAAGGUUACACACCGAGUGUUAAGUCAAAAGAACAUAAUAUUGGUGGUGGCUUACAUGAGAUCGGGAUCAACCAUGACAGCAUCGUUUUUGGAGGCAAACCCGGGAACGUUUUACAGAUUUGAACCACUGAGGGGCGUGUAUAACAAGUUUAAGGAGACGAAGGCGAAUAAAACAACGCAGCUUAAAUACAGCAAAGGAUCGAGGACAUUUAUGAAAACGGAGAUGGCAAACGUUAUGAUGAAAGAACUACAGGCUUGGUUAACCUGUAAUCUGACUUCAUUGAGUAUGGAAACUAUUUUGGAUAGAGGAUAUACCUUACAUGAAAGAGAUAGUUGCACAAAAGAUAAGAGAACAUAUCGGAACAAAACCAGUAUACAGUCAAGACAAGACCAAAUUAAACAAUGUGUUCGAAACCUUGUAAAAGAUUGUGUUAAAUCACCGUCAAAAGUGUUGAAAUUUAUCCGGCUUUUCGUACAAGAUGCUGCUUAUUUUCUUCCAAGUUUUCCUAACAUGAAAAUAAUUCACUUAGUUAGAGACCCAAGGGGAAUAAUUAGUUCACGAGAUAGAGUUGGAUUCCAUUACACAAAAAAAUGGAAGCAUAGCAAAUUUGUGCAAGGAUAUUCAAUCGAAUUUAUUUUGGACAAAGAAAGUGUUCCAACAGUAUAAUAAUAGAAUUAAAAUAGUUCACUACGAAGAUAUUGCAGAAAACCCAUAUCAACUUGUACAAGAAAUAUAUUCCUUUGUUGGUUAUAACUACAGUAAAGACACAGAACAUUUUGUAACAUCCGUCACAGAUUCGGCCAAAAGCUCGUGUCCGUUUUGCAUAAAACGAAAGAACUCAACAGAGACGGCUUCUGUGUGGAGACUCACUAUCCCGGAGGAUUUAGCAGAAACUAUUUAUCAUCAUUGCAAAGACUCAAUGGAUGUUCUUGGUUAUCUACCGCUUGAAAAUAAAACUCAGCUCAGAAACACAAAUAGUGCAUCAAGGAUUAAGCAGAAUACAUCGAAACGAAUUCUUCAAGGGGAGUUGACGAUGCCGCCGCAUGAACUAAGAUGGUUGCACCAGACUCUCUAGGAAUAUUCCGCUUGGGAAAGCAUAAGCAACUAAGAUUGUGCUGAAAUUUAAAAUUAUAAACGAAGUGUUUUGACCUGCCUGUAUAUUAAGCUGACCAUUAGGCUGAAUGGAAUCACCGAGGCAUGUCUGGGGAUAAGGAUAAGAUCAAUAUUGAUCGAAUGUUAUUGAAUGUCUAUGUAUGCGUAGGAAUGUGGGUCACUUAAUAUUAUAAAUGUAACAAAGAGUGCAUUUAACUCUCGUCUUAAUUAAAAAUACAUGCACGUAUAUAAAACAUUCUGGUAAAUCAAUAUGUUAUGUAAGGGGUUUGACAAGAGUUCGCUGCACUUCUUUCCACAUUGUGUAUUGAAUUGUAAGUUUGCGAUUUAGUUUUUGAUACGCGAUUUAUUUUGAAUAUCAUAAUGUUAAUAUUGUGCUUGAAAAAAAAUUCAAAUGACAAUCUAAUUGUGAAUGUAAAGAUGUUAAAUUUUAGCCUGUUUCCAGUGUACCGACAUUUCUUUUUUAAAUUUUUAAGCGUCAUCUCACACCGAUUCUCAGUAUAACAAAUUGACGUGUACAUUGAUGUGAAACUCAACAUUACCAUAGAUUGUGUGUAACUUCAUUCUUUUAAAACUAAUUAAAUAUCAAAUAACCCGUUUGUUCAUCAGCUUACAAACUUUUUAUCACAAGUGAGUUCAUAUGUUCUUCGUCCACAAGUUCAUUUCCAGCAAAAAAUCGACACUAUCUACUGGAAAUUUCAAGUGUCUAUUUUAGACUCACGUGAGGGAAGCAUUAAGUAUAUCACCCGACGAAAAGCAAUAUGUUAGGGUAGCAGCAGGUAUCGUCAAAUGUCAUGUUUAUGAGAAUUUAACAUGGGCAAGUCACAUGAGGUAUAAUAAUAUUAAAUGCCCUUCGUACAUUCCCUUUUCAAAUAAUGGCAUAGAAAGUUUCAAAGUCAGCACUGGUGUUUAAAAAAACAAAAACGAACACAAUUUAUUGUUAAACAUGUACAUGUUAUUCCGUUAACCUUUAAGGCGUUUUGUUAGCCGUUUUUCGCCUAAAGAUAACGCCAAUAUAAAAUUGCACCUAUUAUAUUUCAAAUACUAUGAAUAUAUUGAUUUCAAUGCAUGUAAAACAGUCCAUAUACACAAAAAAGAUACAGAACACAAUGUGUUUUAAAUAGCAGUAAAGCCAUGGAUUUGAACGCCAGUUCAUAUAUAGCAUGCUUCUUCUGAGAGAAUUAUAAAUAUUUGUAUUAACAUUGCUAAUACUCUAACAAAUGUUAAAACAUGUAUUGCAUUUUUGUUGAUGAUAAAAAUGGCAUAUGACAAAAUCGAUAGAAUU